AUGAGGGAUCAGUAUGAUAUAAAUAAAUUUGUGCUUGACGUUGUUAAGAGCUUUGAAGGCACUUGCUUUGGUGCAUCCGAUGAUAUUGUUAACGAGACUCGUAUUCGUAUUUCGAGCUCUGUGCAUAAGUUUUUGAUGCAGCGGCCGCGGUUAAACUCUAUUGAGCGUUACAUUUGUAGAGCGGGUAGCUUAUGCAGACAAUUUCUGAAAAACAGUGACGACUUGUUGGUCACCAGGGCUGACAAGGGCCAGGUCAUUGUUAUAAUGGAUAGAGACCGUUAUAUGACGCAAAUGAAAGAAAUGCUUGGUGAUGAGGCUACAUAUUUAAAGUUGAACAAAGAUCCGACUAAGAGGGUUGCAAAUAAAAUUAAUGAUCUAAUUAAAGCGUGGCGUAACCUGGGUAUUAUUGACGAAUGGACAUAUAAGGGUUUGCUAAAUACCAGUAGUAACAUACCACGGUGCUAUGGACUACCAAAAGUCCACAAAUCGGGUGUUCCGUUACGAUUGAUAGUUUCUGCUGUCGGUGGCCCCACGUACAAUGUAGCCUCUUUCCUCCAACGCAUUCUUUCUAAUUCUAUUUCCAAACCUAAAUCGUAUGUAAGAGACAGCUGGAGUUUUGUCCGUGAAGUCGCAGGCUUAACCAUUGAACUGAAUGAAUCCAUGGUAUCAUUUGACGUUGUUUCUCAUUUCACCAAUGUACCGAAGGAAUUGGUUAUGCAAGCCAUUGAGAGAAGAUGGGACCAGAUAAUGCCCACGACUAAAUUCACUCUUGUCCAAUUUUUACAUGCGAUUGACAUUGUAUUAUGCUCAACUAGCUUCGUGUUUGACGGACAGUAUUAUGACCAGAUUUGUGGUAGCCCUAUGGGUUUCCCCCUAUCACCGAUUCUGGCUGAUAUCGUUCUAGAUGACUUGGAGACUAGCUGCAUUCAGAAUCUUGAUUUCAAUGUCAAAAUUUACCGUAGAUACGUAGAUGACGUAUUCACUAUCUUACCAACUGAUAGGGUCCAUGAUGUGUUGGAAAUCUUUAAUACGUACCAUCCGCGCUUGCAGUUUACCGUUGAGGUUGAAUGCGGCUUUUCUCUUAAUUUCCUAGACACUACAAUUAUUAGAGACAACGGGAACCUGAUCACGAAUUGGCUUGAUAGAUUCAUCAGAUUGGGUAAAGACAUUCUCUCUAAUUAUUUGAAGACCAAUGUUGUUUACCGGAUUGAUUGUGAGGAUUGUGAGGUCUGCUACGUAGGUCAGACGAAGAGGCACCUUUCGGUGAGAGUUAAUGAACAUAAAUUGAAUAUAAAGAAACGAGAUGAUGAUUUGUCUGUUGGCAGCCGGCAUAGAAUUAUCAAUGACCAUAAUUUCGAUUGGUCCAAUGUUAAGAUUCUGCAUCAGGAGACACAUGUUAGAAAACGCGAAAUAGCUGAGAUGAUAUUUAUCCGUAAACAGAAUAAUUCCAUAAAUCUGCAGAAAGACACUGAGUGUCUGCCUAAUUAA